AUGAAAUUCGCUACUCUUUUAUCUACCGCCGCCGCCUUAUUCUCCGUUUCCAACGCUUUAAACCUCUUCGUUGAAUCCGAAGACCACACCCAAACCGGUAAAAGAAUCGACGCCUACCAUCAAGGUGCCGGUAUCUCCUACUUUGUCUUAGACACCGCUGGAGCUGAAUUCACCUACCAUGAAAACAAUAACACUUUGGCCUUGGCCGAUGUUCCUGAUUACUUGGUCAACGUCCAAGACGAUCACGUUGUUGAAGUCGGGGUUCUUGGUGCUGCUGAUAUCUCCAUCCAAGAUGGUUACUUGGCCUUAAACGGUACCACCCAAGGUUUCAGAGCCUGUGAUGAAGUCGACACUCCUUACCACUACGGCUUACCAGUUGUUCUUUUCUCCACCGAAAACGAAGACUUCGCCGGUAAAAGCUGUACCCCAAUCAAACUUAAGGUUGGUUACCACAAAUCUGCUUAA